GUGGUGGGGCCAGCAGCUCCUUUAGCAGCAGUAUAAAUUAGGAGCAAUCUUUAAAGAAAAUUGAUAGAAAGUCUCAAAACAUUUAUCUACCAUUGUCAAACCCCACCUCAUUUUUGCUUCCACAAGCACAAGAAAUUUAUCCCACUCUGCACAAAUUUUAGGAAAAAGAAGAUAACUUUCUUGAGCUCAAUUCUCUCCACUUUGAUUUAUUAGAAGCAUUAUCUUGUAACAAAAAUAGGAAAGAAAAGAUUUGUGUGAUGCUCCGAACUCAUUGAUUGCUCGUUGCAUUUCUUGUAACAUCUUUGGAAUGGACGCGUUUGCUUUUCAGAACUGCCCAUGUCUCGUUCGUGCUUUUGUUCGUUUGCAGUCAUUAUCUUGUAAUGAGAAAAGGAAAGAAAAGCUUAACGAAAUGCUCUGAAUUCACUUGUUGCGUUUCUUGUGGCACAUCGAGAAUGGAUGUGUUUGAUGUUUAUUGAUCGAGUUAGCUAGAUGGAAGGACGAGGUUGGGGUUGGGGUUUGUCUAAGUUCAUCAUAUUGUUCUUGCAUAUGCUCGUAGUUUAUAGUCUUUCGUCGUGUUUGCUUUGUGGCUAAUCCGGAAAACUUGGGACUUUGCGUAGAUUCAGGCUCGAAAAAUGGCGAUUUCAUCUUACCCGACUCCGGCAGACGCUGGAGUGCUCUGCGUGAUCCUGGCUAACACGGCCAUAUCCAUCUCGAUCUUCAAGGAGAUCUUCCGCUCCUUCCUACACGUCAUAGGCAUUCACAUAUCCUCGUGGGAGGACUUCACGGUGGAGCCCUCAAGCUCGGGCGAAUGCUGCAGGCGUCCCUCGGAGUCGUACGUGGAGGAGUUUAGGAGCCGCUCGCCAUCAAUGCAGUACGAGACGGUCUUCAUCCGUCAAUGCCCCAAGCAGGAGUGCUCCAUCUGCUUGACGGAGUUCGAGCCCAAGGCAGAGAUCAACCAGCUCGCCUGCGGCCACGUCUUCCACAAGCCGUGCCUCGAGAAGUGGCUCAACUACUGGAACCCGACGUGCCCCCUCUGUCGGAACUACAUGAUGCCACAGGAAGCCGAGGAGGACGCCUCCUCCUGCCCCAUGUGAGGUAAAAUCUACGAUCUACGACGUAUGUACAGCAUAGCGUGUAAAAAAAGAGAAGUAUCCGUUAGAAUCGCGAAGACCAUGUGGUCCGAUGCAUAUACUUAAGCUGCCAGUAUUCCGCGUCCUCCUUGUAGCGACGGGUCAGCACGACUUGUAUCCGUGUUUGUAUAUAUUAUGGGAAGCUUUCGGACAACUUUUGAGGCGUUUACGUUAAA